CGACCCCCGCCCCCCCUCCCGGCCCCCACGUGAGCGGGUCCCGCGCCGGGCCCAGCAGCGGGGACAUGAAGAAGGACGUGAGGAUCCUGCUGGUGGGAGAGCCCAGAGUUGGGAAGACAUCGCUUAUUAUGUCUCUUGUCAGUGAAGAAUUUCCAGAAGAGGUUCCUCCACGUGCAGAAGAAAUCACCAUCCCAGCUGAUGUUACCCCUGAGAGAGUGCCAACCCACAUAGUGGAUUAUUCAGAAGCAGAGCAGACUGAUGAGCAGCUUUAUCAUGAAAUCUCACAGGCUAAUGUAAUUUGCAUAGUAUAUGCUGUUAACAACAAGAAUUCUAUUGAAAAGGUAACAAGUCGAUGGAUUCCUCUCAUUAAUGAAAGAACAGACAAAGAUAGCAGACUGCCUCUUAUCUUGGUUGGAAACAAAUCUGAUCUAGUGGAAUACAGCAGUAUGGAGACCAUCCUUCCAAUUAUGAACCAAUAUACAGAAAUAGAAACUUGUGUAGAGUGUUCGGCCAAAAACUUGAAGAAUAUAUCUGAACUAUUUUAUUAUGCACAGAAAGCUGUUCUUCAUCCUACAGGGCCUCUCUAUUGCCCAGAGGAAAAAGAGAUGAAACCUGCCUGCAUAAAAGCUCUCACGCGCAUCUUCAGGAUCUCUGAUCAGGAUAACGAUGGCACUCUCAAUGAUGCAGAGCUCAACUUCUUUCAGAGAAUAUGUUUUAAUACACCAUUAGCACCUCAAGCACUGGAGGAUGUAAAGAAUGUAGUCAGGAAAAAUCUAAGUGAUGGAGUUGCCGACAAUGGAUUAACAUUAAAAGGUUUUCUUUUUCUACACACACUUUUUAUUCAGCGAGGAAGACAUGAAACAACCUGGACAGUAUUACGUCGUUUUGGCUAUGAUGAUGAUUUAGAGCUCACACCAGAGUAUUUGUUUCCUCCGUUGAAAAUUCCUCCUGAUUGCACAACAGAGUUGAAUCAUCAUGCAUAUUUGUUUCUCCAAAGCAUUUUUGAUAAACAUGAUUUGGACAGAGAUUGUGCUUUGUCUCCUGAAGAACUCAAAGAUUUGUUCAAAGUCUUCCCUUAUAUGCCAUGGGGGCCUGAUGUCAACAACACUGUUUGUACAAAUGAAAGGGGUUGGAUUACAUACCAAGGAUUUCUCUCUCAGUGGACAUUAACUACAUAUUUAGAUGUACAGCGCUGUCUGGAAUACCUAGGUUAUUUGGGCUAUUCAAUACUGACAGAGCAAGAGUCUCAGGCAUCAGCACUUACAGUAACUAGAGAUAAAAAGAUAGACCUUCAGAAAAAGCAGACUCAAAGGAAUGUCUUUCGGUGCAAUGUUGUUGGGAUGAAAGGCUGUGGGAAAAAUGGAGUUCUUCAGGCACUUCUUGGAAGAAACCUAAUGAGACAGAGGCAGAUACGUGCGGAGCAUAAAUCUUACUAUGCAAUUAAUACAGUCUAUGUAUAUGGACAAGAAAAAUACUUGCUGUUACAUGAUGUUAGUGAUUCUGAGUUUUUAUGUGAUGAUGAGACCAUAUGUGAUGUUGUCUGCCUGGUGUAUGAUGUCAAUAACCCCAAAUCCUUUGAAUACUGUGCCAGGAUUUUUAAGCAACACUUCAUGGAUAGCAGAACACCUUGUUUAGUGGUAGCUGCAAAGUCAGAUCUACACGAAGUGAAACAGGAAUAUAGCAUUUCUCCUGCAGACUUCUGCAAGAAACACAAAAUGCCUCCACCGCAAGCCUUUACAUGUAACACUGUCGAAGCACCGAGUAAGGAUAUCUUUGUUAAACUGACAACUAUGGCCAUGUAUCCCCAUGCCCGGUUACGCUGUAUGUGCGCCUGCAACAGGUGUACAUUUUGCAUCUGUCAGAACUUCCUCAACUCAGACUUGCUGCAAUCUGUAAAGAACAAACUCUUCACUGCAGUUCUUAACAGGUGUUCAUUUUCAUUUGUCUGGCUGGCACUUACUCUCUUUUUACUACAUUUCUUUACCUCUUUUUAAAAUAAAUAGGUUUCUGUAGCUGUAAUUCUAACCCCAUUUUAAUCAUCUUUUUUUUUUAAUGCAUCCAUUUUGAAUGUGUUUUAUUUUCUGCUUUGCUAAUUUUUUUAAAAAUUGCUGACCUGUCUUGUUUCCCUUGUGGCUGUUGCAUUUUACUGUGGCAACUGAGUUUAUGGCUUCUUUAAAAAAAAUGUUUCUUAAGCCCAAGAAUCGUGAUGUUCCAUUUGGGGGUUUUUUCAGUUGAUUCUCAGGUGUUGAAAUAGAAACAGUGAAAAUAAGAGGGAUUUUCUGUGCCAUAAAUAAACCCCCUCCCCCAAAAAUAGAACUGUUGUAUAAAGCAUGAUUGUUUCAGGAAUUGUUCGUAUCAGUUAUCGGAGUUUCACACAGGGAGGGUUUUUACGAUCUGAAAUAGAACUACUGUAUAACUACAAUAAAGAGCAUGGUUCUCAAAAUCCAGUCUCAAUGUUCUUAGUCUUCAGAGGGCGGUGCCUUUGCAUUAUGAGACCAUGUGUUAAUAUAGCCAUGCGCGGCCUUUGUUUUAAAAUCUAUCAAAUUGCACAGGGCACAAAUGUACUUAGUCUCAUACUAUGAUGAUGUUGGGAGAAAUGGCACUGUUCUAUUUGCUCAUUUCCCUCCAGCCCCCUCGAGAAACACUCUCUAACUGUUCCUUACUUGGUAGAAUUUUGCAAAGUGGUGUUAUACCUUUUUACUAAUAGAACAGAUUGAGCUGGCUUGUUGCAUUGGCCUAGCCUUCAUGCAGACUAAGAUGCACUUACAGGUUUUUUCCCUCAUAUUUUAGAUGUCUAAUGUAAGGACAGAUUCUAAUAUCAAUAAUUUGUUUAGAACAUGGGGAAUAUAUUAUGUGCCUAAAUACAGUAUUAAACAAAAGCUGUAGCAAUGUGCACGUAUUAUGUGAUGUUCUUUGAAAUCCUAAAUUCAGUUGCAUACCAGUUUGUGGUUAAAUGUAUUGUCAAAAUAAACUGCUGCUGCUUGCUGUUUUUUGUUAACUGGUUUACCAUUUUGUGUGAGUAACAUGUGGCUGGUCCAUUGGCCUCAUCUGCUGUACAUUUUUAAAUUGUUCCCAGUUGUUACAUAGCUAUAUUUAGAACUUUUGUUAAAGUUAAGAUCAUCUUCCCAAUCUCAGGAGCCUUUUGCCAAUACUAAUUUAACAAUCUUGUCAAUAUUGGCCCAUUACUCAGCAAAUUCCCAUGCAUAACUUUUAAUAGGCAUGCUCAGUUAACAUCUUGCUUAGUGUGUGAUACUAACUUUUGUGAGUUGUCUGUGUUAAAAAUCAAUUUAUUACAACACAACGUCACUAAAAAAAAAAAGUAAUACGUUAUUUGUCUCGGUGAUUAAAGGCAGUGUGAAUCAAAACCCUUUGCUUUUCUUUCCCAGAUAUGUUUAAAAAAUGUAUUUGAUUAUUUUGUGAAAGAAGGUUUAAAAAUAUUAGAGGGGAAAUGCACGUCUAAUCAAAAUUCUUUUUCUUUUUUUAAUAUUUAAAACAACUGGAAAUAGCAAAAUCCUUUUAGAGGUCAAAACUUGGCAUAAUUUUUUCUUGUUUUUAAUUAGGAUAAUUUUAGCAUUGUUUAAGGCAAGGUCCAAAUUAUUCUCCUUUUGCAGUCAGUGGGACUGUCUUCUUCUAGCUAAUUAGAUACCCAGCUCCCACUCAGCUUCCUUUUGGAAAAUCUUAGCCAUAUCUCAAGGCUCAUUGAAGUCAAUAAAAGGACUUCUGUUGGGCAUUAUGCUGGGCCCAUAGUUUGCUCUGCUUACUAAUUAAAUGAAAUGCUCUUCAACCUUAGCCUUUGAUUUAAAUUGAGAAGAAAUUAUCUGAUCCUUUGGCAUAGGGUUUGGCAUGAUUAUGAGCCUAUAUUAGUUUCUUUUGAAGGUGUCUGAUACCUAUAAACCAUGCUUAAUAAUUUUCUUAUGUAAUCUUUGUUAACUGUGAAAGGUGAAAAUAGACUGGAAACGAUAGCAAAUAGACAUGAAUGGAAGAUGGAGUUCAGUAGACAAAUAAUGCUUCUAAUUUUAAGUAACUGUUGUUCAUUCUUUUAAAUUUGUACAUUUUAAAUAAGUAUUUGGUUGUCCAGUUUAAAAAGUUUGGAACUGUUAAUUAUAUCCGUGAUAUUUACUAGGGGACAGUGAUUUGAUUCAUUGAUUGAGAUCACUGUCCCCGAUUUGAUUCAGCCAAAUCUGAAGAUUCGAUACUGAUUCAGAGAAUCAGCGAUUCGGCCAUAGA